AUGAGUGUUCAAUUCAUCAACAACCUAAGCCAGUCAAGUCAAGCUCACUCGCACGAGCCUGGUGGUGUGCCUCACACUCACGAUCAUGGCGACCACGGACAUACACACGAGCACCUGGAGCACCCAGGUAAAUUUUCGGAACGGGACCUUCCCGACUAUUCUCUGCGAAACUUCCAAGAAAGAGGCUUUACCAUCGGAAUUGGCGGGCAAGUCGACAAGCAUACAAUACCUAUGCACUCACAGCCUGUUGGUUCCGGCAAAACAGCCUUGACCCUUGCGUUGUGCAAGAAGCUUCGUAGUAAAUAUAACAUUGCUACUGUGACCAACGACAUCUUCACUCGCGAAGACCAAGAAUUCCUUAUAAAGAAUAAGGCACUCCCGACGCCUCGUAUUCUAGCCAUCGAGACCGGUGGAUGUCCUCAUGCGGCAAUCCGUGAGGAUAUCAGUGCGAACAUGGGUGCUUUGGAGACACUUCAAGCAAAGUUUGGCUGCCAACUCCUUUUUGUGGAAAGUGGAGGGGAUAACUUAGCUGCCAAUUAUUCCCGAGAAUUAGCUGACUACAUUAUAUAUGUCAUAGAUGUGGCGGGAGGAGACAAGAUUCCCCGUAAAGGUGGACCAGGAAUCUCGCAGUCUGACCUUUUGGUAAUCAAUAAGAUCGACAUCGCGCAAUAUGUUGGUGCAUCUCUUGAUGUGAUGAGACGUGAUUCAAAACUCAUGCGUGGAGACGGCCCAACCAUUUUCACGAGCAUAAAAAACGACCAAGGCGUUGACGACAUCGUGGAACUGAUAUUAGGUGCUUGGCGAACAGCCGGCGAACCCGGCACACAAGGUGCAGUGGGUGACGAUGAGUGA